UAGACUCAUCAGUUAUCAAAAUAAAUGCCAGGGCCUUGUGCGUAGCACUUUUGUCAGCAAAACCUACCGUCAUCAUUAAAUUCCCCGCACAAUCUUUGCCAUUGCACUCUUUCACACGUCCUGUCCUCAGUAGACUCUUUUCCACUGGUGUAUUCUCAGCCUUUGUCUCACUAAUUACGUCUACAUUCAUCAAAUUCUCAAGACAUAUUUACCAGUUUUAAUACGCAUAUUUGCCUGCCCCUUUAGAGCUCAUAGUUUUUCUUCAGUUUCUGCUUACUGGGUCUUCUUUCACAGGAGGGAUACCGCUUUCUGUUUCUUGAUGUCUACCUUGGGAAAUCCUGCAAACAUAUUCUGGCAUGAAUGUCCAGUUGGAAAGGCAGAGAGGGAAAAGCUGCUUAACCAACAGGGAUGUGUUGUAUGGAUUACAGGUCUCAGUGGAUCAGGAAAAAGCACACUUGCCUGUUCCCUAAGUAGAGAAUUACACACAAGGGGUAACCUCUCUUAUGUUCUUGAUGGUGACAACCUUAGGCAUGGUCUGAACAAGAAUCUUGGAUUCUCGGCAGAAGAUCGGACUGAAAAUAUACGUAGAGUUGGUGAAGUUUCAAAGCUCUUUGCAGAUGCUGGAUUAAUAUGCAUUGCAAGUUUGAUAUCUCCUUACAGAAAGGAUCGUGAUGCUUGCCGAGCAUUAUUUCCGGAUAAAAGUUUUAUUGAGGUUUUUAUGAAUAUGCCUCUGGAACUGUGUGAAGGAAGAGAUCCAAAAGGCCUGUACAAGCUUGCUCGUGCUGGAAAGAUCAAAGGUUUUACCGGAAUAGAUGAUCCUUAUGAACCGCCGUUGAACUGUGAGAUUGAAAUACAAGAAAAAGAUGGAGUAGUUCCGACACCACAUGAGAUGGCUGGGCAAGUUGUCACAUACAUGGAGGACAGAGGCUUUCUGAAAGCUCAGUAACAGGAUCGCUGGAGGUAAAAUAAGAAAAGACUUGGCACAUACAGCACAUAUUUUUUCUUCAGAUUAGUUAGAUAGUUAGACGUAAGUAAAUGAGUUUGCCUCCCUAGUUCAGUAGGUUCCAGAGAUUGUUCCGCAGCUAGUCUUGCGCUCCAUGAUCACAGGAAAUUCCCAUUUGGUAUAUCACAGGCUGCAAAAUCACAGGCUGGGUAUAUAACAGGAGUUAUUCAAUGACUGGGUAUAUCACAGGCUGCAAAUCUUCUAUGUUUUCUGAAUUCAUUUUAUCAUUUAAAAGCCAUAUGCUGUAUAGAAUCCAAUAAUGCGAAGCGUAAGAUGUACCAUCAAUUUGCCAUUUCUUGAACACAGUAUUGUAUCUGAGCAAUUUGAGAGAACUACCUGAUUUGUGAAAUCUGUAUAAUUUAUUUGGGUCACGGAAGGCCAUUAUUCACACUUCUA